AUGCGUGGAGUUCCUUUCUAUCAGCCAUAUUCUGAUAUAGCAAUAUUUGAAGUAAAAACUAUGAUACCAAGAUUUGAUAAACAUAUAGACAGUUCCACUGAAAUGUUAUUUCCAAUUUGUUUAACUCCAGAAAUAUUACCCAAGGAUGUAUCACGCGUUUAUGCCGUUGCUUCAUUUGGCCGUAGCACAAAUUUGAAGUACAGCAAUGGGUUGAAUCCGAUGAACGUAAUAGAAAGAGUAACUUAUGAGCACAAUGUGUACAUAGAUGAAUGCCCCGAAAGCAUAACUCGAAGUGCGUGCAGACGAGUUAUUAUGAUUGAAGGCGAGAAGCCCUUAUAUGAGGGCAGUAAUGGUGGCUCCAUCAUAAUGUACGUAAAUUCUUGGCCUAUGCUGGUGGGAGUGCUCUCAGCUCGUCAAAAUGUUGGCAAAGCGUAUGCAAAGUAUAUGUUUGCAACAGAUCUUCGCAAGUUUCAUUAUUCUAUUUGCAUUUAUGCUGGCAUUUGCACGGCUGGCUUUAAGAAUAAAACGUUAUCGUUAAGUGAAACAGACGCGCCAUUUUUUUUAUCGUUGAAAACAUCCAUUUAUAACCACACGUAUUCAGUCAUUGGUAAUGGUACGUUUACUCUCUAA